AUAGGUAAAUCGGAAAUGGGUAGGGGAGGGUUAAUUGAAUUAAGAGGGGUAUGGGUUAGGCCAGGGAGGAUAUAUUCAGGUCCAAAUCAUGUAGGUGGGGCAGAAGGGUCUGAGGUGAGCGGGUGAAAACACCUGGCUCUUAGAUCAGCCAAGGGCUGUAUUAGUGCCGAGGGGAGGACUGUUGUUUUUUUGAUUAUUGAUAGUUUGAUUAGUGAUAGUUAUUUAGAAUUAUUGAUUGGUUUUUUUGUGUAUAUUCAUUAUUCAUUUUUUUUGCCUCCUGAGGGACAUUCUUGUACCGGAAUAAAGUCAGGCCAACGGCCUUACUAACAGCUUUCAUACUGCCUCCAAUCCUUCCACCGCCGCAAGGCUCAUCCUGGUAACAGUGGGUCAGGGGUGCAAACUCAUCAGGGAUGAAAAAGGUGACAAGGACCCAAACCCCCUCGCAGAAUAUAUAUAUACACACACACUAUAUAUAUAUAUAUUUCAUAUGGGUCAUUCUACGAAACGGGUGCCAUUUGAGUCCACAGCAUUUCAUGAUCUUCAAAGGAUGUAAAACAUUGUCAAAAUGUGUUCCAAAAGUUCAAGGUUGUAAAUGGUACUGUUUUUAAUUACAUGAUUAAUGUUUAAAUAACAUUGCAAAAUUAAAACAAACACUUUUUAGACAUUAUUAGUAAGGAUAUGGCUGGUUUUGCCAUGUCCGCAAUGACCAACAUGGAAUUUGCAUUAACCUUUUUAACUAAAAAAUAUUAUUUCUAAACAAAACCUUUAUUAUACUAAGGAUUAAAGUUAUGCCCCUGACACUAUACAAUAGAUUUAUUCAAAAUAAAACAUUAUAUGCAAAAAAAGUCAUUAUAAAGUCAUUAAAAGUCAUGUCCCCCAUUUUGUCUUACAACCCCGUAACGCUUACAAUUUCUGCCUAUUAAGAAUGCACUGUUGCUUUAAAUGAUAUCAGAGAGAGGAAGUGACAUCAUUCGAACCCUUGCAGGAGUCAAGAGCAGGCAAGUUCCCACAUUAUUUUAAAUUGUUUAUUUGCUGUUUUUGUGUGUUAGACAGGGUCCGUCAAGCUUAGUCUUACAGCCCCGUAACGCAUAAUAGAUAGGGAAACUGUUUUAAUUUUUUUUUAAAUCCAUUUGUAAUGUUUAGAAAAUUAUAUUUAAGUCUGAUUAGUGUAGUUGCUAGCUCAGCUAGUUGACCACAUGGUAAGCGGCAGCCAUUUUAAGGUGAAAUUUACCACUCCGUAACAUACCACCCCGUAACACUGUAUAUUGUUACGGGGUGGUAAAGGGAGUUGUAGAGGGGUUAUUUUUGCCAUUUAAAUAUGAAAAUUCAUUGUAUAUAUAAUUUAUAUCAUAUUUUAUAUUAUAAUAAUAUAUUAUAAAGAAUAAUAACAUUCCAUAAUUUGCAGAUUAUCAUGGCUCCACUAAGUAAUGCAGAAAGACAAAGACGAUUCCGUGCCCGCCGGGAUGCAGAUCAAGAGAGGAGGCAGAUGUACCUAGAGAGCAACAUGAAGCAGGGAAGCGGCUGUGGAGGAAGAAUAAAGAUCGCCUCAAGAAAGAAGUAGAGAAAUUAACAAAAUUGCUGGAGAAGGAGAGGAAGCGUUCAGAUAAAUACAGAAAAAAAUACAAACGAUCAAAUAAAAGUGAGUCUCCACGCUCAAAAGUGCAACAAUUGACAAAAAGUGGAAGAUUAACACCAACAAUCAGGAAAAAACUCCUCUACCAUGAAGCUUUAAUAGAAGAUAUCAAAAACAAGUACAAGACAGCAAGAAAAGAACGCGAAAAACAGCUUAUCGCAAAGGUAACUGUUGGAGGGAUUGUGAAGAGAUACCGACUCCAAACAUUUGCAGAAAAGCUACUAGGAUUUUCAAAAAAGCGCCGCUUUCUCCAAGGUGAAACCAUCAGCAGCACCACAAGAAAACCCACUAGUAGACUUCGUCCUGGCUUGAAAGCAGAGGUGCAUUCCUUUUACAGAAGAGACGAUGUCAGCCGGAUAACUACUGGACGCAAGCAAACCAUCACCCGAGGCAAGGUGAAAAAACAAGAGGUUUCUAAUGGAUACAAUGAAGAACCUGCACAGAAAAUUUGUUGCAGAACAGGAGCACUUCAUUUCCUACUCCCUUUUCUGUAGACUGCGUCCAUUUUGGGUUGUACAUCCCACUCUGUCAGAUCGUGAAACCUGUUUGUGCAAGAUUCAUGCGAAUCUUGAAUUUGUGGUCAUGAAGAUGUAUCACUUGAAACUAAUUGAGACAACCAAUCAUGAGAGUUUAACCAAGAUGAUUACAUGUGAUUUCUCUAACAAGUGCUGCAUGUACGAUGAGUGUGUGGAAUGCAAAAACAAAAUUAUCCAGCUCCCUCAGUUUGAUGCUGUGAAGACGGUUACCUUCCCUCAGUGGGCCACAGCUCAGAAAGAAAGAGGACAUGAAGGAUGGAACCACUGUUAGGUACACAUUGAAGAAGCUGGUGGAAGAUUCCCAAGGAAAUCUGGUGGAUUUGUUCCAUGCCUUUCUACACAAAUUCAAGAGGCACACUUUUAACAUAAUUCAGCAGUACUCUUACUGCAGAAAGUUAAAAGAAAACCUGACAAAAGAAGAGGCAAUAAUUCAUAUUGACUUUUCUGAGAAUUACUCAAAUACAGCUAAUUUUUUUUAAUUACGCAAAUACAGCUCAGAGAUCCAGUCUGUUCGCUUUGGCGCCUCGCAAAAUCAGGCCACGCUACACACUGGUGUGCUCUAUCUAGGUGGAGACAAAGAGGUCGUGCCCUUUUGCUCUGUCACCCUCGAAACAAAAGGGUCCUCCGGCUAUAUGGGAGCACAUGGCUCCAGUGCUGGAUCAUGUGCAAACGAAUUACCCUCUGGUGUCUGUCCUUCACUUUCUUAGUGAUGGGCCAUGCACUCAAUAUAAACAGAAAAAGGAAUCUGUACCUUUUCAGUACUGAGCUUGCAAGAAGAGGGCUGAAAUGUGGUAUGUGGAACUUUUUUGAAGCCAGUCAUGGAAAGGGGGCUCCUGAUGGCGUGGGAGGAGCCUUGAAAAGAACGGCAGACCAGUUGGUCAACACUGGCAGUGACAUCCCUGAUGCACACACAUUAUUCUUGGCCCUCUCAAACACAACCACAAGCAUUAAGUUGUUCUUUAUUCCGGCGGAAGCUGUGGAUCAUGCAGUGCAGCAGAUGCAAAAUCAGAUUCCCCCAGUGCCAUCUAUAAUGAAGUGUCACCAAGUUGUGACAUAUAUUCUAGGUGAGGUCCUCUAUCGAGAGGUGAGCUGCAUGUGCUCCACCAAGAAGCAGCUAAACUGUCAGUGCUUUAACACCUUGCAUUUCAGUUUUCACAAGCCUGCCCCAAAAGCCCCAAAUACCCCAAUUGAGCUCCUGCGUCAUGUGACUUUUGGUUGUCGGACGCCAUUUUGGCAGUAAACAUGACGACCAGCACCAGCAGCCUUCAAGAGUUCCUACCGAGCGAGUAUACGUGCCAUUUUAGUUUAGAUGAAAUUCGUUUUUAUACUGGAAAAUUACAUAGAUUAAAUAUAAGUGACCCAUAUAACGCUCCUGGGGUGCUUUUCAAGAGCAUAACAUCCAACGAAGAUUAUUUACCUGACUUGCGCUACGCUGACAUCCACAGCUAUCUGGUAAAUUUCCCCUCAGUCUACACUGGGGACUCCCUCAGAGCUUACAAAGGCUUGGAUGCUUAUAAAUGGUGUCAGUCCGGCUUUGUAACUCAACUUCGACUGUGGAGUCUUGCAUCCAAAGACUUCGGUAUCAUCACUGCAAGGGUUAAUCACUCCCAACGGCUGAAUGACAGUCAACUGAAGCCAUGGGUGGUGGUGAGGAACGACGGUGUAGUGAUGGGAGCCCACUGUAACUGCACAGCAGGACUUGGGGAGAGUUGUUCUCAUGUGUCAGCUGUGCUCUUCAGACUGUGGGAAAAAAACAAUGCAAGGCAUGAGGAGAUCAGCUGCACGUCCAAAAAAUGCAAGUGGACCUCUCCCAGUGAGGAUGCUGGGAAGAAUGUGGAGUACCAACAGGGAAAGGACAUCAUAUUCAACAGUAGUCAACAAAAUAAAAAGGGGAAUUCCACCAAGGGUACAUCUGCGCCCCCAUCUUUCCCACCCCUGACUGCUGCUGAGCAAGCGCAGUUCUACCAAAACCUCUCUCAGUGCCGGACUCAAGAUGGGAAGUCCUGCAGACCUGCUGUUCUGUCAGUUGUUCCCGGGUAUGCCACAACCUACCACAACCAACCACAACCAAAGGCUGUCAAGCUUGAUUUACCUGAACCCCUUACCAGUUUGUACGACAAGAAGGCAAGAGACCUGAGCCUGGCUGAAUUACAAGAGCGUGCAGAAGGAAUAUUUGAUGACUUGACUGUCACUGAACAACAGGUAGAGAACAUAUUCUUUUUACUAUUGACUGAAAUCUAAGAUCUACCAUGUUAUGUGCACAUGUGCUGUGUGUGCUGCUAAUUUGCAAUGUAAAUGAGUAACUGAGUAACUGGAUUGGCAUGUUUUCUUCAGAGUGAUAUUGUAGAGGAGGAGACGCAAGCCCAGUCCAAGUCCAGAAUUUGGUUUGAUCAGAGGAGUGGUAGGGUGACAGGAUCUACCUUCAGAGCAGCAACAAGAACAGACCCCAGAAAGCCAGCAGUGUCUCUCAUAAGACAGAUAUGUGACCCAAAGUCCCAUGUUUUCAGCAGUGAGGCUACCAGGUAUUCAUGAGCAUAGAGAAGUUGUGAGGUGAAUGAACAGAGAGGGUAAAUGCAGUAAGUACUAGGCUAUUCUUUAAAAAAAAAAAGAGCAGAAGGGUAAACCAAGUACAGCAGUAAACAUUUUGUUAAGGGCAGGGAAGUAGUAAUGUGGGGGGCAUUACUAUUGUCCAAACCUAAUAUUUACAUUCUUUCUUCAGUUGGGGAUGCAAGAAUGAAGAACUAGCCAGAAAAUACUACGAAAUGCAACAUCGUCUAUCACACAGAGAUGUCCUGUGGAUUUAAAAUAUCAACUCUCCACCCAUUUAUUGGGGCCUCACCGGAUGGGUAUGUUUCCUGCAGCUGCUGUGGUACAGGGGUUAUAGAAAUUAAGUGUCCAUUUUCAGCAAAGGACCUUUCUAUCAGUGAAGCUGUACAGUCUGUUGGACACUUUUGCCUGGAACAAGAUUCCCAAGGAAAAAUUAAAGUUAAGCGAGACCAUGCAUACUUCCACCAAGUCCAGAUGCAGCUAUUUGUUACGAAAUGUGAUUACUGUGAUUUUAUUCUGUGGACGGAAAAAGAUGAUUCACUCUUUGUGGAACGCAUUACAUUUGACUCAGAAUUCUUCCAAAAAUAACUUGAACUUGCUCGUACCUUCUUUAUAAAAUGUAUAAUCCCAGAGUUGUUAGGCAAAUGGUUUUCUGCACCAAAACAAGCAACUGCAAACACCAAUCCCCAGCAACAGUGGUGCUACUGCCGCGCACCUGCGGCAGGGAACAUGCUUGUUUGUGCCUCAGGGUUCUGUGCCGUGGAGAAGUUCCACCAAACCUGCCUUCGGAUGAAAAGGGUACCGAAAUAGUGGGUGUGUCCAAGCUGUAGGAAACUAAUCAAUGCCCAAAAAAAAACACCUUAAUUACUUAGUCUUACUUAAUUACACAAUGUGUGAAUAUGAACUAGCUGAUGCAAUGUAAAUAUUUAAUUGGUUAAUAAAAACUGUUAAGCCAAUGUUGUUCUCUGUGUCCGACUGUCUGUAGUAGUAUCUGUAGCGAUCAUAAAACAUGGAUAGAUCAUUCAAAUCUAGUGAGUGAGAAAAGUAGUCACAACAAACAAGUGAGAAGCAAUCAAAAAGGUUUAUUUUCUGUUGGCACACAAAUUCAUCACUCAAAGGGCACCACAUAAUCUGGUACAUUUGUUAGUCCACAACAUACACUCACAAUUUUAUCAAGAUAAGUAACAUCAUUUUCUGUCUAUAUCUGUGAAAGUUAUUGGCACAGUGUUUUGUAAGAUAGUAUAUUUCUGACGAAGUACUCCUAUGACUCUUUCAAUGUGAAUUCUUAAAGAGGCUAGAGAUCUUGUAUUCUCUAUGUCAACAGGAUUUAAUUGUACUUUCCCACGAGUAAAUGCUGGAAUUUUUAAUUCAGCCUGACACCUUUCAACAGACUCUUUCACCAGAAACCCCCUGUCUGCCAAAACAACAUCUCCUGGGAGAAUAUUGGGUAAAAAAUUACUGUGUUCUGUAAUGAACUUAUCACUGGUGCGACCUCCCCAUCCAGUAGAAAUGAAAGAAAUUGUACCUUGAGGGCAAAUGGCAAUUAAAUAUUUCAUGGUGUGAUGUGAUUUGUAUUUUGAGCAACACUGUGCACUGGGUCGCAAUCUACUUGGUUUCUCUAGAAAUAUUUCAAAACAAUCUAUGAUACAAACAGUCUUCUCGUAGCCGCCAUUUCUAAAUACAUAUGGAAGAGAUGUUCUUAGAGAUUCUCUUUCAGGUCACACCACUAGACUUGGCACCAGUCUACAAUAAAUCAAAUUAACAGUGUUUGAAGUGUCUGGAGACAGUAGUUGGGUCAAUGCCAAAAUAAAAACCUAAAAAGUCAAAUGUCAAGUUCAUUCGCAGCUUCAUCAAAGUCAACAUGUAUUGUUGAAAACAUGUUAUCGAUGCCUUAAGUUUGAGAAAUGGAGUCAAAUAUUGAAAGAUGGUCAUCAGACAUGUAUAGGUUGCUAACCCAGUGAGGACAUUCACCUUUUUAUCAUCAUUUUGCAAACUUAUCUCUGUCAGGGUCUUCCUACUUAUUUUGUCCCUUAACAACAUAUUUUCAGUUCUUAGAGCUUGGCAUUCUAGCUCAAGAGACUCGAUGCGCUUACUACAGGUUUCAGAGGUGCAUGGUGGUGUUGCUGGAUCAGGCUGGACAGGAUCUUCAUCACCUGAGUCUUCCAAAGGAUCUGUGAUGGGGGGCUCUAUGACUUGGUCUUCUGUGAUGGAGGGCUCUGUGGUUUGGUCUUCUGUUGCUGCAUUGUUUUGGGGACAAUCAGUUGAUGCCCUGAUAAACACAGAAGCAGCAAAUGAAGUUAUCAUGCAUACAAUACUGAUGACAAUGACAUGUUCACACGUUUACAGUUUGGGAUGUUUCAUGGAAAUCACAUGACAUUAUCCUUCAUUAAAUGACUGGUGUGAUGUUUUUGUUUAUAACCAUAUCAUGGCAGUUACCUAUUUGAACACCGAUCACAAGUAGACCCAACAUGAAAAUAAUCAAUCAGACGGGGGCUUGAUCCAACAACUAGUUUUACCCACCUUAGACGGGUGGCUUCUGCACAUAGCUUUGCCUGCUCUAUUUUCUGCAAUUUCGCCUUCUGCCUCCUGUUGAACACCUCCAGUCUAGCUUUCCGUCUCCUCUUCUCUGGAGACGGAAGAUAGCUAAAAAGCGAUGGCACAAAGUCCGGACUUAAAGGGUUGUCACUCUUUCUCCCUACAAAAUAAAAAGGAAUGUCAACACGGGUUUGUUUACCACUAGCUUACUACAAGCUAAUUUGCUAACUGGGUAGGCUGCGCCAGAACCAUAUCUUGACAAAGGGACGUCACUAUGUCCGCUAGUUAUAAUAACUGGAUGGUAUGAUUCAAGUACUUAGGUAAAAUUAAACUGACCAGAAACUUUUUGUAACAUUGUACUGUAUUCGUCACCCACCUGAUAUGAAGUGUUCGCUGCACAACCGAAAUCAAACGGCCGGCGGGUCCCACCUUUCACUGUUGUUCUGUUGGCUCCUGGCUCUUUUAAUAGCACUUAACCACAUUUGCCUCCUCGCUGCAUCUUUUGGGAUGCGAUAAAAUGAACAUCCCUUCUUCUUCCCUCGUCUGUUUCGGCAACCUGGUGCACAACAGUUGUCAACCAUCCUGUCAAGUGUCACUGUGUCACCGUGACAGCCAGUCAGUGCCUGCCAGAUAACUGACGCGAUUACUGCCAAAAUGGCUAAGCCUAUCGUUUUUCGGCACGUGACCAGCAACUAUGACGACAGGCGCAGGAACUCAAUUGUGCCAGUGGAGAGAGAGGUGGAGAGAGAAGGCAUCGAUUGGGAGAGUGAAAAUGUCAUUGGGAGCUGGUGCGUGAUCAAGUAUGACAGUGACCUGUAUCCAGGCAUCAUCUUAAAUACUGAUGAGACGCAUGCACAGGUGAAAUGCCUGCACAAAGGAGGAAAUAACAAAUUCUUCUCGCCUUUAAUUGAUGAUAUCCUGUGGUACUUGUUUGAUGAUGUACAGGAACUGAUUCAACCACCACAGCCUGUGACAUCCCGUCAUGUUGGAAUCGAGAAGGAGGUAUGGAAGCGGCUCUCCGCAACACUGCAGUGAUCCAAUGCACUUAACGAGAUUCUCGUGCAAUGAUACAUUUUUUGAUAAUACAUUUUGCGAUAAUUUUGUGGUAAUUAAAUUGAUUGAGAAAUACUGUUUUCUAAUUAACUGAUGGAUCGGACCAAAUUUGUAUGCAAGUUUCUCUUUAAUUUACUUCUGAUGACUUCUAUUGAGAAAAGAUGAGUUCUGAGUUAUUAAAUGUUUACUUUAUCACUUGAUUAUUUUAAUUAAUGUUCCAGUUUGGUCAUCAAAUGUUGAUGUACUAAUGACUAUGAGAUUGUCUUGACGAAUUGAUUGUUGAAUUCUUGAAUAUAUCCCUACAGUCCUGUUGACUAGCAUAUUUGCACUUCUAUGUGUUGUUUUAAUAAAUACCUUUAUAUAUAACUUGGAUAUUGCAUUAUUAAGUCAUCCCAUGUUCACAUGUAUACUCCAAAUUAAUAAUGUUGUUGGUAAAAACACAAUAAAUUACAUAGGAAUAGUCAAAGUCAACCACCCCAUAACAUGACUUACCACCCCAUAACGGUGUCUUUUUAUUUAAAAAAACAUUGAAAGGCAAUGAAAUGCCUUAUAAUAAAUGUGGGAUAGUGAUGUCUUUAUGUGGAUCAAUUAAUACAUGCUACUUUUAUUUGACUAUGGGAAGUAAAAUAGCAUAUAUUGUUCAAAAAUGUAAGCCAUUGAUUGGCGAAAUUCAUCUCAAGGGAAAUAAUCUAAAUCAUGAAAAACUACAAUAAGACAACAAGCCUUUAUCUUUCAGUAUCAAAAAAAGGACAUUAUUCUGAAAAUUAUUCUGAAAAUUGUUUCAUGAUUUAUGUUUUAAAUGGUGUGUAUCUUGUCCGUUGCGGGGUGGUAAAAAAACAACUGCCGGGAUGUAAUAAAAUAGAUAUAAUUUGUAGGGAUUUAAUACCUGAGGUGGGCAAACAUGUUUUUUUGAAGGUCUACUUUGUCUUUCAUAAUGUGAGUGUCUAAAAAACAGUUUUUCCUUGAAAAAAAAAAAUGAAAAUUACAUAGUGGAAAAGGCACCCGUCUCGUAGAAUGACCCAUAUGCUUCAAUGUAUUGUGUGGUGGUGCCUUAUCAUUUGUUUACCCUCGCGUUGCAUGAUUGCACUCUCAUUGGCUGAAUCGAUGAGAACGUUUUAGAUAAUAUAAGGUCGCGGGGAGACGAAGCUCUGUUCGUUUGUAUAUUUUAUUUACGUGACCAUAUUUUUGUUAUGUUUGUUUUGGGAAUCAGUUCUCGUCGUUCACCUUCGGGACGUUUACGUAGCUGCCGCGGCGAUCGACAUCCGGCCUAACAUGAGGGUACUGUCGGCGGUGGAAACGAGGCAUUUAAAGGCUCCGCUGGGCUCAC